AUGGCGGCGAAGGCGAGGGUCUCGCUGACGGGCUUGCUCGUCGCCGCGACGUGGGCGUGCUUAUCUGUCGUGGCCGCCUCCGCCUUCGACGUGCCAACCGUGGCCUUCGAGGAGCGGUUCUCGCCGCUGUUCGGCGACGGCAACCUCGUCCGCUCCUCCGACGACAGGAGCGUCCGCCUCCUGCUCGACCGCCGGUCAGGUUCCGGGUUCGUCUCUUCGGACUACUACCUCCACGGCUUCUUCAGCGCGUCCAUCAAGCUGCCCAAGGACUACACGGCCGGCGUCGUCGUCGCCUUCUACCUGUCUAAUGGAGACGUGUACGAGAAGACGCACGACGAGCUGGACUUCGAGUUCCUGGGCAGCCGGUGGGGCGGGCAGUGGCGCGUGCAGACCAACGUCUACGGCAACGGCAGCACCAGCCACGGCCGGGAGGAGCGCUACCUCCUCCCCUUCGACCCCACCCUCGAGGCCCACAGCUACUCCGUCCUCUGGGCUCCAACCCACAUCAUCUUCUACAUCGACGACACGCCGAUCCGGGAGGUGAUCCGGCACCCGGACAUGGCCGGCGACUUCCCGGCGAAGCCGAUGGCGGUGUACGCCACCAUCUGGGACGGCUCCGCGUGGGCCACGGACGGGGGUAAGUACAAGGUCAACUACAAGUACGCGCCGUUCGCGUCCGACUUCUCCGAGCUGGCCAUCGUCGGCUCCCGCGCCGACCCGGUGCUCCGCGUCCCGCGCCGCCACGGCGUCCACCAGGACCUCCUCGGGCUCAUGACGGCCGACUACGCCGUCAUGACGCCGCAGAAGCGCGCGGCCAUGCGCGCCUUCAGGGCGCGGCAGAUGACGUACACGGUGUGCUACGACGCCGUGCGGUACGCGGACGGGCCGUUCCCCGAGUGCGACAACUCGGACGAGGAGAGGGAGUCCUUCUCCGCCUGGGGCGAGUCCAAGACCGUCGUCAUGAGGCCCCGCGCCCGAGGCCGCCGCCGGGGACGCAAGGCCGCCGCCGGCGCCAGGGCACGGGCGGACGUGUCAAGCAGCUGA